AUGCAUGUGCAGGGGAUGCUCUUCCCUCCAUUGGUGGAAGGUGACGAGCAACAAACGCUUCCGAAGGAUAUCAAGGAUCGAUUCUCCAAGGUCCGAUCUCUUCUAAGAGAAAAGGCUUCGUCGGAAGAUGAAGCGGAAUCAUCAGAGUUGAAACGCAAGCAAGAAGCCGCUGCCCUAGAAGCUGCUAGAGCCGUUCAGGAAGAAAUGGCCAGGCUGCAGAAUGGAAUUGCCGAGCUGGAAGCCUUGUGUGCCCUGCAGCAGCAACAACAACAGCGACUGCAACAACAGCCUAUUCCAGAACAGCAGUCUCAUGGGGAUGAAGAGGAGUCUUACGACAGCGAUGAAGAAGACGACGGAUUUGGUUGGGGGGAGCCAAAUGUAGUUCCGUUGGUCGUCAAUGCAGUCGUGGAACCAGAAGACAGGGAUAGAAGUACCGGUAGCCGUAGCAACAUGGAUUCUCUACUCCCAGAGUCGGAUCGAGCAGUCACCACGCAAGAUGUCUUUGGCUAG